UCUCUAACUAACUAUCCUUGGUGAAUUAAGAGUUAAGAGUCUUUAUGCAAAAUGUCAAGUUAAUAGGUUUGAUAGUCAGAUUUGAUGUAAAUGUGUGGCGUAAAUUUGUAUUUAAAGGUGCUCGAAACCCAAACCGGCAAUCAGCUUCAAGGAGGCUUAUGGAAUCGAGGUUUUGAAACACUUGUAUCGCCCGCUAAGAAAAUCGGCUGGAGAAAGACCUCAGGUUGACAUUUCUCAAUAUUUUGUUUACACGAAACAAGAAGUUUGGCAUUGUACAAAUGGAAGCCUGGGAUCUUCUUUCCUAAGAGUGAUUAAUGAACUGAUGAGCAUCAAGGAGAUAUAUGAGGUGAAAUAUUACUAUGGAGUUGAGAUAUCACUAGUCAACUACGGCUACGAGAGGAGUGUAAAAGUCUCAGAAAUAAAAUACGUUGAAGAAAAAGGGAAUAGAUUGGAUGUACUAAAACUCUAUGGCAAUGUAUCGGUAAUUCUAGAAGCGGAUGAAAUGAUACCACAAGCAAUUCCAAAUUUGUCUGAACUAUAUAUGAGCCAACCUGGAAAUCCAUAUACGCCCACAAAGGAUGUGAAGUUCCGAGCUAAAGACAAGGCUAUCAAUUCCAUUAGAAUUUCUGAGGAAGGCAGAACACUAAGAAUUGGUUCAUCUUGGGAAAAACAUGAACAACUUUCAAAUUCCUUUGUACAUCAAUGUAGGAUUGAAUUGGGCAUAAGUCCCCCGCUAUUCAAACCAGAAUGUUUCCAAUUACAUAGUUUUGAGAACUCACGCAAUAUAUCUGCUAAAAUCUCGGACCGUGAUUUUCCAAAAUUAUUCACAAUUGUUAAAAGAAGAGUUUGGAUUUGCUACAGUGCUAAAUUGAUACCUGUGUUCUAUCGUGUGUUGAAUGAAGUGAUUGGCAGAGUACCAAUUAAAGAGGUUGCAUAUGAGGAUGGAAUAAUAGCAUUAUCUUCUAUCAAUAUACGUGAUGGAAAAAGCGUCAGGUAUACAGAAGUCAAUUAUUUCGAUGUCACUUUCAACAAUCAUCUGAAUCAUGAAGUUCAUUUUCAACUGAUGAAGAAAGAAGCUUCUCAUUCUUAUUGUAAAACUGGCAGUAAAACAUUCAUAGACAUGGAAUACAAGCUAUUGGGAGAAAUCGCUCCACAAUAUGAAAUUUUAAAAGUUUAUAGAACAUUAAUUAAUCCUGAAGGAUAUGAUUUGAGAGUUGGAUCGCAAGCCAUGUAUUCUCUAAAAUCAGAAAAAUCCGAGUUAAUAUGUAGAAUAAUUGAGGAGGAAUCGCACAAUACUGAAUUGAAAGUGAAAUUAAUCGAGGAUGGCGUGUUUCACAGUAUAGUAUCUAUCGUAGAUGACUGGAAGUUCUUUGAGUAUCUCAGCCAAAGGACUUGGAAAUGUUCAUCUGAUGAAGUGACUGUUAUUAGAGUUGUUAAUAAACUUAAAGUUUAUUUAAAAAUUCAUGAGAUUGAAACUUUUGAUGGAGUGGAUAUCAAGGGAAUACCUUGGAGAUAUCUAGGUUCAAACUAUGUAGAAAUUACGGAAACAAAGUUCUUGGAUCAAUCUAAUCGAAUACUGAAAUUUGAGGGUACCAUAACUUUUGCUGGAGAGGAUGAAUGCUCAAACAUUCGCAAAUAUAAAAAUGCUAGGGAGUUUGUAAGAAAAUCUGCGGAAGAAGUAGUUCCGUACUACGGUACACCGAUGACAGUAAGCUUUGGAGAUAAUGUUCAGAACAGGAAACAAAUUGGAUAUAAUAAACUAAUCGUUGGUGGAAGACAGAAUUCAAUGAACUUUCCAGUUGUUCUAGAAAAAAAAUUGGGAGGAAGGGAGUUUGUAGCUGUAUGUCAUCUCAAAUCUGAAUAUCCGAUGAAGAUAUUUCCGACUUUUGAAAUAAUGAACAGCGAUUUGAAAAGUCUUGAAGCAAUGAAUGAUUACAGAGACAAUUCCACAUAUUCAAAAUAUUUUGAUAAUGAGUUGAGUGAGGUUUGGAAUUGCGCAAAGGAAACUAAUGAUGACUUGCCGUUUCUGAGAGUUGUCAAUCGACAAUGCAUGAAGAAACACGUUCCUAAUAAGGAGGCUUUUUGUGGCUUGAAGAAGAAAAUCACAUUGGGACAUGGUCAAGUGGAACUGAAGACUUAUCUACUGAUGAGAAAAGAUUCAAAUUGUUAAUUGACGAUUCUUGAUUUCUGCCAGCUGUCGUUGUGUUUUGGUGUUCAUGGCCACUUGUAGUUUCGGUUUUUGUCUCAAUUAUGUCUUU